AUGAAUAAGUCUUCAGCAGAACACAUUGAGUCCCGAGAAAAUAAUGAGAAAGAAUCUCUUGCGACGCAAGAUGCACUCUAUCAAGUCUAUGCAUCAAAAAGCCCAGAAUGGCAUCAAAAGAUGACUGGCAAGCUUCUGCGUAAGGUGGAUUUACACUUGCUGCCCUUCUUGAUUCUCAUGUAUCUUCUGAAUUUCUUGGACCGCAAUAAUUUAUCCCAGGCACGACUGGGUUCACUGGAGGCUGAUUUGGGAAUGAAAGGCACAAAUUAUAACCUAGCUACGAGCAUCUUGUUCGUUGGAUACCUACUGAUGCAGCUUCCUUCUAAUCUUUUACUUACUCGUAUUCGGCCGGCCCGUUUUCUGGGUGUGACUAUGGCCAUUUGGGGUGUGAUAUCUUGCUGUCAAGCUGCUGUGCAUUCUUUUUCAACACUAAUUGUGUGCCGGUUCUUCCUUGGAUUUGUUGAGGCGCCGUUCUUCCCGGGUGCCAUCAUGCUCAUGUCGAGCUGGUAUACGAGGCAGGAAUUGAGUCACCGUAUUGCCUGGUUUUAUUCGGGGAGCUCGCUAGCCAAUGCCUUUGGCGGCCUGAUCGGAGCCGGUGUUUUGGGUAGCCUAGAUGGAGCACACGGAUUGGCCGGUUGGCGAUGGCUUUUCAUUAUAGAAGGAUCCAUCACUGUGGGGGUGUCCAUUCUCGCAGCUAUUUUUCUUCCUAACUAUCCAGCAACAACAUCCUGGCUGGAUGAACAAGAGCAAGGAUAUGCCCAAUGGAGACUCAUGCACGAUACAGGAGAAGCUGAUGAUGCCACCUCCACCGGCAUCAAGGACGCUCUAUCAUUGGUAUUUUCUGAUAAACGUAUUUACCUCUUCAUCCUCCUUCAGCACGCUUCCCUUCUGUCUCAGAACUUUCAGUACUUCUUCCCAACCAUCGUGCAAACUUUGGGCUACAACAACAUCGAAACCCUUCUAAUUACUGCGCCUGUCUGGGUUGCCACCUUCCUAGUCUCACUUCUCGUGACCUGGACUUCGGGGAAGACAAACGAUCGCAGCAUACACAUCAUUUGCUUGAUGUUGAUUAGCGUCGCAGGAGGUGUGAUCAUGACUGCGACAACUAACAUUGGUGCUAAAUUCUUUGCAAUGUUUCUAAUGCCUAUGGGCGCUGUUUCGGCAUAUCAAAUUAUCAUCGCAUGGAUUUCAAAUAGCUUUCCUCGGCCACUUGUCAAGCGAUCUGCCGCGAUUGCCAUCGCGAACGCGCUUGGCAAUACAUCUUCUAUUUAUGGGAGCUACAUGUGGCCCUCCUCAUCGGGACCUCGAUACAUACCAGGUGGUAGUGGGACAGCUGCCAUUGCUUUCUUGGUCGCAAUAUUAGCGAUGGUCAUCCGCUUGGUUCAUAAAAGAAUGAACAAUCGACUUGAGGCAGAUUCAGCUAUAGAUGGCUCUCAAGUAGAUACGAAUGAUCUCGAGACUCGUGCGGUUGGGUUCCGUUACAUCCUGUAA